CCGCUGGUGCCCCAGAGAUGGAAUCCCAAGGAGAUUCUUACUCUCUGGCGUGUGUGUUGUCUUAGAUUAUAAAGAGCAAGAUCUUUAUCUGCCCUUGCUGGUGACCCCGGCACAGGUCCCGAAAAGUGGGCGCUUGGGAAGUGCUUUUUGACAAUUGCUGUUAUCAUCACUGUUCUGAUGAGUUAUGGAGUCCUUGCUUCAUGCCAGGCACCGCGCUCAGACCUGUACGUGUAGCAGGUCACUGCAUCCUCGUGGACACAGCCCUUGGAAUCUCUCCGGAGUGCCCUCUCCAGGCAGCGAUGCCAGGAUGCCUGUCUCUGCCUCUCUCCGCCAAGAGCGCAGCCAGGAACGGCCGGUGAGCCUGACCUCCACCACCUCCUCGUCGGGUUCAUCCCGUGACAGCCGCGGUGCUAUGGAGGAUCCCAAUGGCUCCGAGGCUUCUGCUGAGAACGGGGCAGGCUCCCCGCGCGGCCGGCAUCCCCCCAACGGCAACCCCAACUCCAGCGGCUGGCUGAGCGUGAGGGGGCCCCUGUCUCCGUUCAGCAGCCGGGCCCCGGCGGCCCCAGCACAUAAGCUCAGCUACCUGGGCCGAGUGGUGCGGGAGAUCGUGGAGACGGAGCGGAUGUAUGUGCAGGACCUGCGCAGCAUCGUGGAGGACUACCUCUUGAAGAUCAUUGACACGCCUGGGCUGCUGAAGCCAGAACAAGUCAGCGCCCUCUUUGGGAACAUAGAAAACAUCUAUGCACUGAACAGCCAGCUACUCAGAGACCUGGACGGCUGCAAUAGUGACCCUGUGGCUGUGGCCAGCUGCUUUGUGGAAAGGAGCCAAGAGUUUGAUAUCUACACCCAGUAUUGCAACAACUACCCCAACUCAGUGGCCGCCCUGACCGAGUGCAUGCGGGACAAGCAACAGGCCAAGUUCUUUCGGGACCGGCAGGAGCUGCUACAGCACUCUCUGCCCUUGGGCUCCUACUUGCUGAAGCCCGUCCAGCGCAUCCUCAAGUACCACCUGCUGCUCCAGGAAAUCGCCAAACAUUUUGAUGAAGAAGAAGACGGCUUCGAGGUGGUGGAGGAUGCCAUUGACACCAUGACCUGCGUGGCCUGGUACAUCAAUGACAUGAAGAGGAGGCACGAGCAUGCAGUCCGGCUCCAGGAGAUUCAGUCACUGCUCAUCAAUUGGAAGGGACCAGACCUGACCAUCUAUGGGGAGCUCGUCCUGGAGGGCACGUUCCGCGUGCACCGCGUGCGCAACGAGAGGACCUUCUUCCUCUUUGACAAAGCUCUGCUCAUCACCAAGAAGCGAGGCGAUCACUUUGUCUACAAGAGUCAUAUCCCGUGCUCCUCCCUGAUGCUGAUCGAAAGCACCAGAGACUCCCUGUGCUUCACCGUCACCCACUACAAGCACAGCAAGCAGCAGUACAACAUCCAGGCCAAGACAGUGGAGGAGAAACGGAGCUGGACUCACCACAUCAAGAGGCUCAUCCUGGAGAACCACCACACCACUAUCCCCCAGAAGGCCAAGGAAGCCAUCUUGGAAAUGGACUCCUACUAUCCCAGUCGGUACCGCUGCAGCCCGGAGCGCCUGAAGAAGGCUUGGUCCUCCCAGGACGAAGUGUCCACCCACGUGCGGCAGGGGCGCCGGCAGUCUGAGCCCGGUCAGCCCCCGUUCAGCCGGGCAUCACUCCCCAGCGGGCAGCGAGGCUUCACGGAGCCAGGCCUUAAGGGCCGUAGGAAGUCGGAGCCCACCAGACACCUGCUCAGGCAACUCAGUGAGAAAGCAGGCGGAACAGCGGGAAUGAAGCAUGCAGGCAGUGCCGGCGCUCUCUUGGACUUUGGGCGGCCUCCUCGUGCUCAGGGCAUACAGCCAGAGGCUGAAGGGGCUGCCCGGGAGGAACAGGAGGAGGAGGAGGAGGAAGAGGAGGAGGAGGAGGAGGUGGUGGAGGAGGAGGAGGAGGAGGAGCAGGCCUUUCAGGUGUCUCUGGAAGACUUGGCAGGGCAUGAAGGCAGCAAGAAGGGGGCCAGGCUGGAGCCCCAAGGCUCGGAGGAGGAGGAGGAGGAGGAGGAGAGCCUGGCAGUGGCGGAGCAGGUAGCCGACUUUGCCAGCUCCCUGCUGGCCGCCCUCCACUGCUGGCACUAUCGGGCCAACGCUUUACUUUUCUCCCGGGGCGCUAUGGAGAAGGGGCGUAGGGAGUCCGAAGGCCCCAAGAGUCGCAGAAGGCCCGGCGGCCGGUCUCCCACUAGUGCUGAGAAGCGCAUGAGCUUUGAGUCCACCUCUUCGCUGCCAGAGGUGGAGCCAGACCCUGAGCCUGAGACAGAGCAGGAAGUAUUUGCUGCUGUGGAAGGUGCCAGCAUCGAGGAGGUGCCCUCAGACAUGGAGUCUCCAGAAGUCCUGGAAACACAGCUUGAUGCCCACCAGGAGCUGCUGGGGAUGGCCCCCCCGGGUGACAUGGUGGACUUUGUGGUGGCUGAGAGCACCGAGGACCUUAAGACUCUGAGCAGUGAGGAGGAGGAGGAGGAGGAGGACGUGGGUGCCACGCAGGAGCCUGAGAGCCUCCUGCCGCCCUCUGUGCUGGACCAGGCCAGCAUCAUUGCCGAGCGGUUCGUCAGCAGCUUCUCUCGGCGGAGCAGCCUGGCCCUGGAGGAUGGCAAGGCCAGCGGCUUUGGGAGCCCGAGGCUGACAAGCCGGAGCAGCAGCGUGCUCAGCCUAGAGGGCAGCGAGAAGGGCUCGGCCCGGCGUGGCAGCACCACCGACGCCCUCGGCUCGCAGCCGCCCCCAGAGGUGGACAGCGGUGUGGGCGUGGCCACGGAGAGCAGCCCUUCGGUCAACGGGACGGAGCCCCCGAGCCCAGGCUGCCCUGCAGAGCCCGACAGGUCUUCCUGUAAGAAGAAGGAAUCGGCACUCUCCACCCGAGACCGGCUGUUGCUGGACAAGAUCAAGAGCUACUAUGAGAACGCGGAGCACCAUGACGCGGGCUUUAGCAUCCGGCGCCGAGAGAGCCUCUCCUACAUCCCCAAAGGGCUGGUGAGGAACUCCGUUUCCAGAUUCAACAGCCUUCCCAGGCCGGACCCAGAGCCCACGGCUCCGCUGGGGCACAGGAGGCAGGUGGGCUCCCGGCCGGCUUCGUGGGCUAUGUUUGACCUCCCAGGCCCCGGCCAGGCGGGCGCUGGGGAGCCAGCUCCUAUCACAGAUGCUGAGUUCAGGCCGUCUUCAGAAAUUGUAAAGAUCUGGGAGGGAAUGGAGUCUCCCGGGGAGAGCUCUCACAAGGGGCCUGGCCAAGGCCAGGCCAAUGGUUUUGAGCUGCACGAACCGCUCUUCAUCCUGGAGGAGCACGAACUGGGGGCCAUCACCGAGGAGUCGGCCGCCGCCUCCCCUGAGAGUGCCUCCCCCACGGAGCGGCCCAGCCCGGCCCACCUGGCCCGGGAGCUGAAGGAGCUCGUGAAGGAGCUGAGUGGCGACGUCCAGGGGGAGCUGGUGGCUCCACUGCACCCGCGCAUCGUCCAGCUCUCCCACGUGAUGGAUGGCCGCGUGAGCGAGCGAGUCAAGAACAAGGUCUACCAGCUGGCCCGCCAGUACAGCCUGCGGAUCAAGAGCAAAUCUGUGCCAGCCAGGCCACCGCUCCAAUGGGGAAAGGCGGCUCCCACCAUUCCCUGCCUGCAGGAGGAGGCUGGAGCGCCCUCGGGCGGCAAAGGUAAGAGAAAGCCGGUGCUGUCCCUCCUCAACGAUGAGCAGACGGUGGCCCCGGAGCACAGCCCGCCCAAGCCCUGCUCUCCUCGGCAUCGCUCCUUCAGCCCCACUGCUGCCAGCCCGAGGACCGCCUCGCCUGGGGUCCGGCCCUCCUCUCGAAGCCCCCUCAGCCCUUUCGACACUGAGACCUUCAACUGGCCUGAUGUCCGAGAGCUCUGCUCCAAGUACACCUCCCACGACGAGGCAUUCCAGGCCGAGGGCGGCCGGCCCCGUGGCCAGCCUGUCAACCGGAGCCGCUCGGUGCCGGAGAACAUGGUGGAGCCCCCUCUGGCGGGCAAGGUGGGCCGCUGCUGCAGCGUGGGCGCCAAGAGGGGCCGGGCAGACCCAGAGGCCACUCAGCCCCAGCCCCCUGGGGGAUUGCCCCAAAGCAGGCCGGUCGGAGAGGAAGCCCUGUAUGUCACCGCAGACCUCACCCUGGAGAACAACGGGCGGGUGAUCGUCAUGGAGAAGGGGCCUCUGCCCUGCCCCACUGCGGGGCUGGAGGAGGGCAGUGGGCAGAGACCAAGCUCGCCAGCAGCCGCGGUGGGACAGGGGCUGGAUUUCCAGGAGUCUGGGAUUUCCAGGAGUCCAGAGUAUUGGCCAAAGGAAGAGGGUCCCAGGGACCCAGUGGACCCAGGCCAGCAGGGCAGAGUGAGAAACCUGAGGGAGAAAUUCCAGGCCUUGAACUCCGUAGGGUGAUUCUGAGUCCAAGGAGAGGGAGGAGCCGUGUGGCUGCGGGGGGGACGGGGAGGGACCACGGCAGGCUUGCCCUCAGGCCUGGCUCACCCUGCUCACGAGGGCCCCUGGAAGAAUGCUCCGGUGUACCCUGCAAGUGUCUUCACUGGGAACCGGCUGGCGCACCCCUGGGCUCGGGGUGACUUUCCACAGGCCCAGCUGAGCCUUUCUUCCCACCGAGGCCAGUGUGACCACUUCCCUUGUAUAUAGUUCUUUGGUGAGAAGCUGAAUAUUUAAGCUCUCCUCUUCCCAGGGAGAGCAAGUCGUGCUCAGGCCUCCAGUGUUGGGCUGACCACUGCCGGGCUGAGGCGCCCACCCGGAGGAGUCGUGGGGAGGUGGCCUGGGGAGGCUUUCCUCUUUGUGUCUUUUCUUAGGAUCCAGGCAGGAACCAGGCCCAUAAUUUAUUGCUUCCCAUUCCGCGGUAUAUUUGUGUGUGCACGUGAGAGUUUGUGUGUGUUCUUUUGUUGUGGAUUCCUCUCCCGUGAAGAAUGUAACGCGCUCAGUUCAGGUACUUUUGUAGGUUGUCUUGCUGAUCCUGUGGUUGUCACUAAUGUAUAUACAUUUCAUUAUUUGCCAAUGGUUCAAUAACCACUGCUGACCAA